AAGAGUAAAGGUCCCGCGAGCACGCUGAGCGCCGCACACACCGCCGCCGCUGCUGUCCGCGCCUCUCACGCUCACUCACGAGUGUCAGUCGGUGUGCUCGCCGCGCACUUGUCGCGGAUCGUCGUCGCGAAGAAGGCACCGCGGCCGCGACGAACCGCGCUCGGACACCUGUGGCGUCGCCGGCCGAAUUUUCCGCGAAAAGUUUGGAAGUUUCGCGCGCGCGAGGACCGUCGCGGAGCUCGCGCGAGCUCUCGCGUCCAGCGCGAACGCGUGACGUAAAAACCUGAAUGACUUAAUGAUUAUUCCGACAAUAAAACUGUCUGUAUAAACUGCGAACUCUACGAACCGCGGCACGUGAAUCAUCAAUGGAAAGUCGUUCGGCGAUCAGCAGCAGCGUGUUCGUUGCGUCAAGUCCGCGCUAAAUGUUUGCGCGCAAACACAGCGGGUUCUCCUCCAGCGAAACGUCGAGGACUUCACCGAAACAGACCAGCAGACACUAAUCGGAAGCGCGCCGAAUUCUUUCGUCCGCCCCACAGAAAGUUACUCGUGCGACGGAUCAACGCGGAUUUGUGCGCGCAGGACCCUUGAAAGUCGCUCGUCCUUUUCGGCGCGCGUUUUUUCUGUUCGUCUGGAAACUUGAACGAGCGACGCAGCUCCGAACCCCGAAUGCAUUUACCAGUGCCGCUUGCGCAAACCGAAGACUGGCCGAAGGGCGCCAACAGAAUGUGCGAGUCGACCACGGGCGGCUACAAUUCCGCCGCCGGCGGUAACAACAAUAACAACAACAACAACAACAAUCCGAACCAGGACGUCUGGUGGGUUGAGCAGCAUGUCCUCGAGCUGCAAGCGGAGCAUCCCAACGAGCUGGUGCGCACCGGCAGCCCGUACUUCCUCUGCUCAGCCCUGCCGUCCCACUGGCGCUCCAACAAGACUCUACCCGUCGCAUUCAAGGUGAUCGCACUUGGUGACAUCGGGGACGGCACGGUGGUGACCGUCCGCGCCGGCAACGAUGAGAAUUGCUGCGCUGAGUUGAGGAACUGCACCGCCGUGAUGAAGAACCAGAUCGCCAAAUUCAACGAUCUACGCUUCGUGGGCCGCAGCGGACGAGGAAAAUCGUUCACGAUCACCAUCACGGUGUCCACGACGCCGCCGCAAGUCACCACUUACAAUAAAGCAAUUAAGGUCACCGUCGAUGGGCCACGCGAGCCACGCUCCAAAACUAAUGGGCCGCAGGCGCAAAGACCCUUCAUCGACACGACGUUCUCGUCGCAUUUGCGCUACCUGCAGCAGGAGUAUCGGCGGAAAGGACCCGCGCAGCAGGCCGCGCCGCAAGCGUACAAACAAGAUUAUAAGCCGGACCCGCAAGAUGUGACGACGAGCGGGGCGAAUCCGUUGAGUGGCGGGCAGCAGCAGUGCCAAUCGAACUGGGCGGAAUACUCAUCGGCGUACAGUGCGUACAGCCCUCCACAGCCGCCGGGAUACUACGACCCACACCAAGACGCCGGCUCGCAGACGCUUCACUUACCCGCAGUCCUGCCUGAAGUCAGCCAGACGGAGUACAUCAACACCUCGCUGACUUCACCCACGACGCCGAUGUUCAACAGCGUCAAGGCGGAUCUGGAUCCCAUGGUUGGUGCAAGCCCGCGGUACAACGAGUCCUCUGGUUAUUACCCCAAUAACUGGACACCGCACAACACCAACUAUGCCAACUACCCCAGUUAUUACAACGCGCCCAAUAAUAACCAGCAGUAUGGCAAUGCACCGCACAUGGUCCUCUACCCACACAUUUACCCAACGGUCAACCAGAACCAGAUCCACGUGCACCUGCAUGGUCCAGCCACGGAUAAGAUCUUCGACAACUUCAGCGUGCAUGAUGGGCUGGCGUUGAUGCCGGCGCGGUCGUCGGAAGCGGCGGCGAAUGCCACCGCCGACGCGCACUCACACUCACAGCAGCCGCCCGCCGAGCAGCAAACGCAACAAGUCGUCGAGGAUGAUCAGCGACAGAUUGCGGACCCCUCGGCGGUUUGGAGACCCUACUAAUGUAGAACCUGGUUCACACACACAGAGAGACUUUUUCGAUUUCGUUUAGUAUUACGUUUCACGAUUCAUCAUCACAACCCCUGUUUUUAUUAUUGAAUAAAACUUUAUCGCGUUUAUUUAUAUUUCUCUAAGUUUAAGUCCGAGUUGCCUGUGCGUUUUGGACCCGCAUUCAACUGUCACAAGGCAACCGCAAAUUCUAUUAUUAUAUUGAUUGAUUUUAUAUUUGACUGUACAUACCUAUAACAAUUGAAACAAAUAAAUUUCAAAUUUAAAUGUCAAAGUAAAAA